AUGCAGGCAGUCGUGCUACUAUCCUCGAUUAAUGUCUGCGCCGAGGAGGAUCUCAAAGACGACGGGGACCUCAACGACCGUAAAGAAAACAACGGGACAACAGUCACGUCCAUCAAGAUCAUCGGGGAAGGAUCCAAGAACAAGACGGACAAAACCCGAGAGACUCAACUGGAGAGGCUUCGAUCCCUAUUUGCCAGUCGACAAAAUGGCAGCAGAGAUCUUGCGUUGCCGAAAAGUUCGGACAUCUCUAAAGUCAUAUCCGACGAUGGUAAUGGUGAUGAAGAAACUCCUGAAGAGCUACCAGAGCCACAGGAACUGAAAAUUGUUAGACCCAACUUGAGGAAACGACCUACUUAUCGUCCGUCUCCUCCCAGAAGACUGGCACCACCUAAUCGGAGGAACGUUUAUUCAGAUCUGUCGAGAACGCCAUUGACGAGACCACCAAGACGUCCAACGGAAGCGAAGAGGGAUCCAACGGAGAAAGAGUGUACUUUCUUCACGAAGACAGUCUGCCUGGAAGCAGCCGAUUAUCCGCACGAAACAAUCACCAGAAGUUUAAGGAGCAACAAAGAGAUGGUCGCUGCUUUGCUGACGGAUUACAAGUCUCAAGAUUUUGAUGAAUCCGGGGAUGUGCCAAUAGCGUUGCCUCUUGAAAAUAAAUUCGAGAACAAGUACGAUGGCCGAUACGAGAAUCGAUAUGAGAGCAACGAGAUUAGAAGGAGAUCCGAUACAACUUCAUUCGACAACGUUGAAGAAGGCUUCACGUGUCCGUCAGUAGUCAAGUACGCUCGUCCACAACUGGCUAGAGCCGCUUCCGGUAUCUGGAAAUACAUCAUAAACACUGGAGAACACACACAAACUUUGCGUCUGGAAAAAUGUUCGAAUCCCCAAUCGAGCUGUUCCUUCAUUUCGGAGAACUAUCGAUCGUCCUGCGUUCAGGUGUACAACUACCACAGACUUUUAACGUGGGACAGUAAAUUGGGUCUUCACAUGGACAUCUUCAAAGUACCAACCUGCUGCAGCUGUCACGUUCACGGUUACGCUGAGAUUUUUCCACCCCAUCAGAAUGAUCCACCUUCAAGGAUCAAGGAGUCCUUUCCUGGAUCCGAUUUUGCCACAAACAACGAACAGAAAGAUGACUUCGAAGAUUCCAAGUUGAACUAUUUGAACAAAUUCGUCGCUGGAUUUGAUUCUGCCCUGGGUUCAAGCAAUAAGAAGCCUUUAACGGAAGCUACUCCAAGUAGACCAACUUUUACGCUUCCUGUCAGAACGAGGCCUAAAAAACAGCCUUCCUCUUUGAGUUCAAGACCAUUUGAUAAAUUGCCUCAGCAACAUGCUCCAAAUACAAGAGCACCUGGGUACACUGGUCCAUUACUGAAAGGUUCUAGACCAAGUAGACCGGGUAGACCACCAUACAGAAGGGAAUCAACGUCUCAUGUUGAAGAAAACACCGAAAGUUUAAAUAACAGUACAAUAUUAAAUAGGUACAGUCAACCAUACGACCUGGAAAUGGACGCCACGUCGCGGUUACAAAAUGGCGGUUUCGACGACGAGUACCACGAACCACAGAGGCGAAUCAAUUACAAUUACCAUCCGAUUAUCGAUUUUUUUCGACCGGAAGCAUCGAUGUUGCAAUCGGCAGAAACUCAAUCGGCCUCGGAUCAGAAUGAUUCGAACUCGUGGAAACCGAUGAUAUCAUCUUAAUUGACAUUUCACCUUUUUCGGAGUACCUGAUCGUUUCUUUCAUUUUGUAACGUUAAUCGAUCCUUGAGAAACGAAAGUAUUAUGUAUCAAAUUGUUAGAUUUUAUACAUGUUUACUUUUUUUAUAUCUAUGUAUAGAUACUUGUAUUCUGGUAUCCUUUCUAGCUUCAUUAGUACUCCUUGUUCGUCACGAUUGACGAUUUAUUCCGAUAAUUAUGCUAUUAUAAAUUAGACUAGUGGAUAGAUCUGGCGUAUGUGGAAAAACACGAGUAUUGGCGUGCAUAGUUUGGUAACGUAA